AUGUGUGGAUUAAUCGGUAUUAUUAUUGGUCUUUUGACUAGGGUUGCUCUAGCGAGUAGUCUGGACGUUGGCACUUCUCCUGCUAUCCUAUUCUCUACCCGGCUGAGUGAAGGCAUAUUGGAGUACUACGACAUGUUUGAUAGUGGAGCUGUGGUCCCGCGCGAGGAUUUCAAUACUGUGUGUAAGACACUUAUUUCGCAUUGUAACUCCGAUGCUGUGGUGUUUGUCAAUCAGCCAGGCCUUUCCCUCGGUGAUUUGUCUGAAUAUGCGGACCAAUUCCAAUACUUGAGUUCGUAUGUGAGACACAGUUCUUCUGCCAUGAACAUUGAAAGAGUGUCAGUCUCCCAGGAUGAUCAAGAGAGUCAAUUUGAGUCUUUGGUUCGCUAUGCCAUGGACACAUGCAAUAUCUACGAGAAGGUUGUGAUAGAACCAUAUGAGGCCGAUACAUAUAAGGCAUAUAUCGAUGCAGAAAAGAAAGUCAUUUUGAUAGAGCUGCCUGAAUUUUUGAACACUCAAAAUGAGACUGACCGCAUGGCUCUGAUUAGUUCAAAUGAUAACAGAUUAAGGAAUAUCCUGGGCCAAUUGCCAUCACCCGAUAUUUCUGUUAUCUAUACUUCUUUUCAACCAUCUAAUUUGGCUGCCGAUGAAUUUGCUGAAAUAUUGCCAGCGGCCUUUGAUGUAUUCGACAAGAAUGCCGCUGUGGAGAGAAAUAUCAGAUUGAAGGACGCUACAAGGCCCGGCUUUAUAAACUAUAGACCAAAGUUUGGUGAUUUCAACUCUAUCUCUCAAAUCAAGCUGGACAAGCAAUUUCUGGAAGAAAAUCUGGGCUUGUUGUCAGCAAUUCUAGUGAGCACAAUUCUAUAUUUAUUUGGACAACGGUUAAGUUCACAUUCAAAAAGCCAAAACACGACUAGUAAUAGCGCCAAAAAUACUACGAAGAAGGCCGAGAGGGGAAACUAG